GGCGAGUGCCCGCGUCCCUGCACAUCUGGGCGGCGACCGGGUCCCGCAGCCGGGGCCCCACGCGGGGUCUUGGCGUGCGGGGGAGCCGGCCGAGGUCCCCGGACUUGAGCUCUGAGCUGUGUUAACGAUUUCUGUAGACCGGGCGUCUGGGGUGACCAUGGACGCCUCCCCCCGCCCCCAAGAAACUUCGUGAAUUCCCUGCCAUGUAUGCAAAAUAUUGUUGUUGUUACAGAUCUUAUAGCAGUCGGUUUAAAGCGGGGAUCUGAUGAGCUUCUUUCUUCUGGCAUCAUUAACGGACCUUUUACCAUGAACAAUUCUACUCCUUCUACAGGUGUGUAUGCUAAUGGGAAUGACAACAAGAAAUUUAAAGGAGAUAGACCUCCCUGUUCGCCUUCCCGUGUUCUCCAUCUUCGCAAAAUUCCAAGUGAUGUCACCGAAGCAGAGGUCAUAUCAUUAGGUCUACCAUUUGGCAAAGUAACUAAUCUUUUGAUGUUGAAAGGAAAAAGCCAGGCUUUCUUAGAAAUGGCUUCUGAGGAAGCUGCUAUUACUAUGGUGAAUUAUUACACUCCUGUUACACCUCACCUUCGAAGCCAGCCUAUUUUUAUUCAGUAUUCCAAUCACAGAGAACUUAAGACUGACAAUCUACCUAAUCAAGCUAGAGCCCAAGCUGCACUGCAGGCUGUCGGUGCUGUCCAGUCGGGAAGUCUGGCCCUUCCUGGAGCUCCCACCAAUGAAGGCACAAUGCUACCUGGGCAGAGCCCUGUGCUCCGAAUAAUUAUUGAAAACCUCUUUUACCCUGUUACUCUGGAAGUUCUUCAUCAGAUAUUUUCUAAAUUUGGCACAGUGCUGAAAAUUAUCACCUUUACGAAGAAUAACCAGUUUCAAGCCCUGCUUCAGUAUGCUGACCCCCUGCAUGCACAGUACGCCAGAGCGGCUCUGGAUGGCCAGAAUAUCUAUAAUGCAUGCUGCACUCUGCGUAUUGACUUCUCCAAGCUCACCAGCCUUAAUGUGAAAUAUAAUAAUGACAAAAGCAGAGACUUCACUCGCUUAGACCUUCCUACUGGUGAUGGCCAUCCAUCCCUUGAAUCCCCUAUGGCUGCUGCUUUUGGUGCACCAGGUAUAAUUUCCUCACCAUAUGCAGGGGCUGCUGGAUUUGCCCCAGCCAUUGGAUUCCCUCAAGCUACAGGUCUGUCAGUCCCAGCUGUUCCUGGAGCUCUCGGUCCCCUCACACUCACUUCCUCUGCUGUCACUGGAAGGAUGGCCAUUCCUGGGUCUGGUGGCAUACCAGGAAAUUCUGUUCUGCUUGUCACCAAUCUCAAUCCUGAUCUUAUCACACCACAUGGGCUGUUUAUCCUGUUUGGAGUAUACGGUGAUGUACAUCGAGUGAAGAUUAUGUUUAAUAAGAAAGAAAAUGCUUUGGUUCAGAUGGCAGAUGCAAAUCAAGCUCAGCUAGCAAUGAACCACCUGAACGGUCAGAGACUUUAUGGAAAAGUGCUCCGUGCUACACUGUCCAAACAUCAAGCAGUUCAGCUUCCUCGAGAGGGACAAGAAGACCAAGGUCUGACUAAGGAUUUUAGCAAUAGUCCUUUGCAUCGCUUUAAAAAGCCUGGCUCUAAAAACUUCCAGAAUAUUUUUCCACCUUCAGCCACUCUGCAUCUUUCCAACAUCCCACCUUCCGUUACAAUGGAUGAUCUGAAGAACCUUUUCACAGAAGCUGGAUGUUCAGUGAAGGCUUUUAAAUUCUUUCAGAAAGAUCGCAAAAUGGCUCUUAUUCAGUUGGGAUCUGUGGAAGAAGCAAUCCAGGCCCUCAUUGAGCUUCAUAAUCAUGACCUUGGAGAAAAUCACCACCUCAGAGUUUCCUUCUCAAAAUCUACAAUCUGACUUUUCUGUGAAUUUUUCUCCUAAGACUGGACCGUAAUUGCAGUAAAACAUUCAGACAUAGACUGAAGCAGCUCAAGACCAAUUCUGCCUCUUUUACAAAAACAAUUUUUUCUGAGUUUGCUAUUUAAGAAUAUUCAAAAAAUUAAGGGAUGUUUUCCCCCCUGCUAAUAUGUGGUCAAACAUGUGUUCUCCCUUUAUACCAUAGUUUCUGUGAAAAUAAUCUUUAAAAGAAAAUCAGGUAAAAAAAUUUUUUUUCAGUGAUUUAAUUCCCCAUAUUAAAUUGGAUUUCAAGAGGACAGACUUUCUUCUAGUUUGAGUCCAGAUAGCCUUAUACAUUUCUAAACUCCUUUGUACUUUAAAAAGCUUAAACAUACCAACUUUUAAAAUUACUUGAUGUAAGUAAUUUCAGUUUCUUACAAUCAAGUUUUUAACUUUAUGAUUCAGAAUUUGUUCACUUAUAAAUUAUAUCAGUUAUUUGGCAUAUAUUGAUAGUUAUACAUAAACAAAUUGGUUUGUGUUGGAAGCAGAUUUAUAAACUUCCAUGUUUUCUUUCAGUGGUUUUUUUUUUGUUGUUUUUUUUUUUUUCACUGUAAGACACUCCUUUGAAUAUUACAUACCUUUAAUUUUUUAAGACUAUUUGGAGAAAUGAAGUGUCUCAACUGUCCCUAAGGAAAUUAAGUGGCAUUCAACUAGGAUCAACUAAGGUGUCAGAAUAAUUAAUAACUUGAUUAGGAAAAAAUUAUGUUUUAAAUUUCAAAAUGACACUUACUUGCUAAGUAAUAUAAUACAAUCUUAGAAAAUUUUAAAAAAAACACCUCUAUAAACUACUUUUUUAUAAUUGUUUUCAGAAAAAAAGUUUACAGUCUUAAGGAAAAUAUUCAGGUCUAUCAUAUGGUUUGACAGAUUUUUAAAAGUUAUUUUUGGUAAGGUCUUCUUUUAGAAAAAAAUUAAUCUCAAGGGUUUUUUGUACCACUAUAAUCUGUAAUACUUAUUCAGAAUUACUGUGUAUUUACUUAAUUUCUUAUUAUGUGCCUUAUUAUGUGCUUAUGAUACAAUAGGUUAGAGUUUUAUCUAAGUAUCUUGAAAGCUAUAUCGUGGGCUUGGUGAGUGUUCAUCUUUUCUUUCCCUCUUUUGGUAAGGAUUUUAAAGUUUUUUUUUUCAUUGCUAUUUUAAGUGGUUUUCAAUAAGUAAUAGUUUUUAUUCAAAUUUAUGGUGCUUUGGUGCAGAGAUGGGGUGGGGAAGGGUAAGUGGUUUGGAGAAUAACUCAGUGCACACUUGUAGGCCUCUUCACAUUGUGACCAGUAGCGGUCAUUGCCAUUAUGGCUUCCCAAUUUAGAGCUAUGAAAUGCGGUCUCAGUUUCUGGAUCUUGUCUAAUCUUUAUCAUUCAUCAGAUGUUAUCUCAGGAUUACUUGUUUUUUUCUCAGUACUCAAGCGAGAACUUGCUUUUCUCUGUUAAAGUAGCUUCAUUACUGACUACCCACAUAUAUGGUGAAUGACAGAGUGGGUUCCUUCUCAUUCUCAGUCUCAUUCCCUUUUUAGUUUUCCAAAUGUAAGCAUGCAUGUUAAUGAUUGUAUAAUGUAAAAUUGUUUCUUUUUAAUGAGAAACUUUGCUUUUGUUGCUUACUCCUUCAUUGCUUGAUCAGAUUUUUUAAAAGCAGGAUUCGUCAAAAGGGACACUUUUGUCCACCACUUUUAUGCUUUUCAGAAUCUCGGAGCGACUCGUCUCACCUGUAGGAGGAAGAGCUCAACCUCUUUGCUGUGUUCCAGCUGUUAAUUUGAACACAGGAAGGUUUCUACAAAGAAUUGGAGACAAAAGAUACUAUAGUUGUUAAAAAGCAGAAUUCACUCAACACUGAGCAACAGUCAGUUGGUGUAAUAGGAAGGACACUAAAUUGAGAUUUUUUGGGUGGAUCAGUUUAGCAUUGGUUGAAUAGAUAGGUAUAAUCACUUAACAAGAUUUUAUUUUUUCACUUAGAUUUUUUUUAGCAAAACACUGGGUAAAGGGGGAGGAAAAAAAUUUCUUUGAGGAAUCUCCCAAAAUUUGCUUCAUUUUUCCUUCCAUGCAGGCACUAUUAAAAUUUUCAGUGGCAUGUUAAAUUGGAUUGUUUUAUUUGCUUUGAGUUAAGAAUGACUGUGUAAUUUAAAGUCAUGAUUUUCAUAAUAUUCAGUGUGUAAGUGUAGCAAAAGUGUAGCAGAAGGGAGAUCAUAAUGGUGUUGAAUGUAAUUUCAAAGUAGAGCAUGGCCUUUAAAUCUGAGAGAACAUUUGAAUCCUUUUCAGGGAUUUGUGUAUGUGUGUGCAUAGAUAAGUGUGUGUGUGUAUAUACAUAUACAUUUAUUCACACGCACACACACACUCUUCUGAUGUUGUACAUACAUAUACACAUUACAUACCUUUUAAUUUAUUGACAAAGGAAAUUAAUCAAAUUAAGAUUUGGAAAAGUGAGAUAUUAUUUAAAAUAGUGUGUUUGAAACCAUCAAUUUGUGUCUAAAAUUAGCUGUAGCACAUGGAUGUUGUCCAUACUGGGCUAUUUGCUGUUUGAAUUCUAGAAGUCUACAGUGUUUGUGUUGGCAUAGUUCCUGUAAAAAGAUUUUAAAAUAUCAGGGUAGUGGAAAAAUUAGAUCUUUGUGUUUUUUGUUUUUGGCAUGCAUUUAUUAGAUAUCUUCUAGUUUUCACUGUUGAGCUGACAUAGUAUUCUAUUUUUAAGUUUAUUUACUUUAUUUUAAAGAGUAUUGUCUCACCACUUUUGGAAGUGUCUUCACUUUUACACAAAGUAUGUAUAUUCAGGACUUUAAAAAAAAUAGCAGUACAUGUUUAACAUCAGCAAUUUAUGCCAAAAAGUUUUUCUUUGAGAUUUAAAUAACUUGCAGAGCAGUAAAAUGUGUCGUGGGUGAGAUACAAAUAGAAAAAUGACCAAGUAUCUUAAUUGAUAAUUUAACUGAAGAGUAUCUGUAUUUUACUAAUAGCUCCUAUAGGAUGCCAUAAAUUCUUAAAGACUAAAUAUUGUGAUCAUUUAUUUGUAGUUUCUGAUUUUUUUAUCGAAAGAUGCAGAUCUCACAGUUUUUAGAGACAUAUUUUUUUUCUGCCUGCCUAAUUCCUUAUUGGAGCAGAGCAAUGCCUUCUGUGGCUCUACUUACGAUGGUAAUCAUAGGUUCUGUCUCAGUUGGUUAGAAGUAACUCUCAUGAAUGUCUCCUCAGUUUCAUGUAAACUUUUCAAAGCUUCCAUAUCCUUAGGCAGCAAAGUUUAUAUAUACAUUGAGUAAAUUAUCAUGUAAUUUUUCUUCUGUUCCCACUAUAUAUUUUUGGACAAAAGAUGACCAGCUCAAAAGUAUGUGCCGCCCCCCCCCCCAUGAGUCACUUAAAAUCCCGAAGUUUGCCAAACUAUUAGCCUAUCUCUUAGAAAACCUAAUGUGUACUGCUAUUUUUAAAACCAAAAAAACAGCAUGACUAUGUGUAAAAGCAUUUCUCUUUGCCUUUCCUUUGUCUUGAUCUGUUAACAAGAAUAAAACUGCCAGACUUAAAAUAUUCUACUAUUGUGCUCAAAGAAAUACAGUUUAGAUUGCACAGAACUUUUUCUUUAAAGAAAAUAUAACUCAGCUGUCUUUUAAAAGAGCUGUGUUGUUAUUUACAAGACUACUUGCAGUCUUUUUUCAGAGCAAAUUCUAACAGUUUUGAAUUGUUUAAAAAAGUAGAAAAUUGCUAAAAUAUAGUUUUAGGAGUUUUAUAUAGAGAGAAAAACAAAACGGGACCAAAGUUUAUGUGCCUUCUUCAGUAGUCUUAACCUUUUCUUCCUAUUCGAGACUAAGGUAGUAUCAGUAUUCUGGUUUUCAGGAAGUAUGUACUAUAUAGUUUUAAAAGAAUGUUAUCCCACAGGCUAUUCAUCAUACAAGCGAAGAAUUGUAACUGUGUAAAUGAAGCCUCAGUUACACUUUUGCCUUUAUCGCAUAAUAUUCAUUAUAUAGCAUUGUGCAGGUCCAAGAACAGAGCUGCUCGCUCUAAAUCUUUGUGGUAGUCAUCUUAGUUUCUGUAACCUGAUGCAUAUGUUCCAGAGAACAGGGAUAUUUGUCUGGUCCAGUGACCUUAGUGAUACUAGUCAUAAUGGAAUCUGCUUAUGGCCAGCUGAAUUCAGCACUGUAAACAGGUUUUUGUUCUUGUGUUAUUUUCAGUUCCUGAAUCUAUGUAGUCAUUGUAAUAACAAAUAUUUAAAUAGCUAUUUUUUGAUGUCAUACUCUGGUCUUUUCCCCUUUACUAUUGUUACCCAGAUAUUUAAAAAAUUCAUCCCACAUCCAGAAAGUACUAAUUAUGAAGACUGCUGACCAAGCAAAGUUUUGCAUCAAAAUGUCACCUCAUUGCUCUGACCAAAGACUGACUUCUGGUUUUAACUCCUCUCUAUUAAGCAUUUUUUCCCAAGCUCCUUCCUGAAAGAAGACCCAGCGCAAAGCGGCCUUUACUUUCUAUUUCCUAUUGGUGAAUAGACUACUUAGAGAAAACGGGAGUUGAAAUGUGAACAGAAUGGAUUAGAAUGACAAGGGUUUGGUAGGCAUUUUCAGUACUGUAUUUAAGAAAAAAAUAGCACAGCUAGGAGCCUAUGACAUUGUUUCAUGUUUUAUGUGGUCUGUUCAUAAGAUUCCCUUUUUCAGUUUAUAAGAAUGUUCAUCUAACAGAAGAAGAUGCUGUAAAUAUUUGUAACAACAUUUUUUUUAAACAGGCCAAAAAAGAAAAAAAAGGGGGGGUUUUGGGAACAAGUUAACAUAUAAAGUGGUUUUAUAUAAAACAUCGAUUGUCUUGUAUAUUUUGAUAAGCAGCAGUGCCAGCUUCAUUUGUAACAGUUUGUGGCAUUGGGAAAAAAGGAUUCUGUGAUUAUUGAAGUGAACUGUUAUAAAUGCAAAGAGAAGAUAAAAUAUUAAAAAACAUAUUUUCUAAAUGCGUCGUGCAUGGUUAAUUCAAGCUUCUGUACACAACAGUGUAUUCCAUUCUCGUUCAGUUUGUAUGUUUGCCGACUAUGACUUGAUAUCUCUAACCUCUUUUCCUAACAAGUAUAGCAUUGUAGCAUGCCUUUUAAUAAAUGUCAUGACAUCUGUAUGCUCUUAAAA